AUGACCGCUCCCUGGCGGCGCCUCCGGAGUCUGGUUUGGGAAUACUGGGCCGGGCUCCUCGUGUGCGCCUUCUGGAUCCCAGACUCGCGCGGGAUGCCCCACGUCAUCCGGAUCGGAGGAAUCUUUGAGUAUGCAGACGGCCCCAACGCCCAGGUCAUGAACGCCGAGGAGCAUGCCUUUCGAUUUUCUGCCAACAUCAUCAACAGGAACAGGACUCUGCUGCCCAACACAACCUUGACUUACGACAUUCAGCGGAUUCACUUCCAUGAUAGCUUCGAGGCCACCAAGAAGGCCUGUGACCAAUUGGCACUGGGGGUAGUAGCCAUCUUUGGGCCAUCGCAGGGCUCCUGCACCAAUGCUGUUCAGUCCAUCUGCAACGCCUUGGAGGUGCCUCACAUCCAGCUGCGCUGGAAACACCAUCCCCUGGACAACAAGGACACCUUCUAUGUGAACCUGUACCCCGACUAUGCCUCUCUCAGCCAUGCCAUCCUCGACCUGGUCCAGUCCCUCAAGUGGCGGUCAGCUACCGUGGUCUAUGACGACAGCACAGGUCUCAUCCGGCUGCAGGAACUCAUCAUGGCCCCAUCUAGGUACAACAUUCGCCUGAAGAUCCGCCAGCUCCCCAUCGACUCAGAUGACUCACGACCCUUGCUCAAGGAGAUGAAGCGGGGCCGGGAGUUCCGCAUCAUCUUCGAUUGCAGCCACACCAUGGCAGCCCAGAUCCUCAAGCAGGCCAUGGCCAUGGGCAUGAUGACAGAGUACUACCACUUCAUCUUCACCACACUGGAUCUCUAUGCCCUAGACCUGGAACCCUACCGCUACUCGGGGGUGAAUCUGACCGGGUUCCGCAUCCUCAACGUGGACAAUCCCCAUGUCUCAGCCAUUGUGGAGAAGUGGUCCAUGGAGCGGCUCCAGGCUGCUCCCCGGGCGGAAUCCGGCCUGUUGGAUGGAGUGAUGAUGACCGACGCGGCCCUGCUCUAUGAUGCUGUCCACAUCGUGUCCGUGUGCUACCAGCGAGCACCGCAGAUGACCGUGAACUCCCUGCAGUGCCAUCGGCACAAGGCCUGGCGCUUCGGCGGCCGCUUCAUGAACUUCAUCAAGGAGGCUCAAUGGGAAGGAUUAACUGGACGGAUUGUUUUCAACAAAACCAGUGGCUUGCGGACUGAUUUUGAUCUGGACAUCAUCAGCCUGAAGGAGGAUGGCCUGGAGAAGGUUGGGGUGUGGAGUCCAGCUGACGGUCUCAACAUCACUGAGGUUGCCAAAGGCCGAGGUCCUAAUGUCACCGACUCUCUGACCAACAGGUCGCUCAUUGUCACCACUGUGCUGGAGGAGCCCUUUGUCAUGUUCCGCAAGUCUGAUAGGACCCUUUAUGGCAAUGACCGGUUUGAGGGCUACUGCAUCGACUUGCUUAAGGAGCUGGCGCAUAUCCUGGGCUUCUCCUACGAGAUCCGGCUGGUGGAAGACGGCAAGUACGGGGCGCAGGACGACAAGGGCCAGUGGAACGGCAUGGUCAAGGAGCUCAUUGACCACAAAGCAGAUCUGGCCGUGGCUCCCCUAACCAUCACCCAUGUCCGAGAGAAGGCCAUCGAUUUCUCUAAGCCUUUUAUGACCCUUGGAGUGAGCAUCUUAUAUCGCAAGCCCAAUGGCACCAACCCCAGUGUCUUCUCCUUCCUCAACCCCCUUUCCCCGGACAUCUGGAUGUACGUGCUCCUCGCCUACCUGGGUGUCAGCUGUGUCCUCUUUGUCAUCGCCAGAUUCAGCCCUUAUGAGUGGUACGAUGCUCACCCCUGCAACCCUGGCUCCGAGGUGGUGGAGAAUAACUUCACACUGCUCAACAGCUUCUGGUUUGGAAUGGGCUCCCUGAUGCAACAAGGCUCGGAGCUGAUGCCCAAAGCCCUGUCUACCCGCAUCAUCGGCGGCAUCUGGUGGUUCUUCACGCUCAUCAUCAUCUCCUCCUACACAGCCAACCUGGCUGCUUUCCUGACUGUGGAGCGCAUGGAGUCGCCCAUUGACUCUGCCGAUGACCUGGCCAAGCAGACCAAAAUUGAGUAUGGUGCUGUCAAGGAUGGGGCCACCAUGACCUUCUUCAAGAAAUCCAAGAUCUCUACGUUCGAGAAGAUGUGGGCCUUCAUGAGCAGCAAGCCCUCAGCGCUGGUGAAGAACAACGAGGAAGGGAUCCAGCGGACACUCACGGCCGACUACGCUCUGCUCAUGGAGUCCACUACCAUAGAAUACAUCACACAGAGGAACUGCAACCUCACCCAGAUUGGUGGCCUCAUUGACUCCAAGGGCUAUGGCAUCGGCACACCCAUGGGCUCCCCCUACCGGGACAAAAUCACCAUCGCCAUUCUGCAGCUGCAGGAGGAGGACAAGCUGCACAUCAUGAAGGAAAAAUGGUGGCGAGGCAGCGGGUGCCCCGAGGAGGAGAACAAGGAGGCCAGCGCGCUGGGCAUCCAGAAGAUCGGCGGCAUCUUCAUCGUCCUGGCCGCCGGCUUAGUCCUGUCCGUGUUGGUGGCCGUGGGCGAGUUUAUAUACAAACUCCGCAAGACGGCGGAGCGGGAGCAGCGCUCCUUCUGCAGCACAGUAGCCGAUGAGAUCCGCUUCUCCCUCACCUGCCAGCGCCGCCUCAAGCACAAGCCGCAGCCUCCGAUGAUGGUCAAGACUGAUGCGGUCAUCAACAUGCACACGUUUAACGACCGCAGGCUUCCAGGCAAGGACAGCAUGAGCUGUAGCACCUCGCUAGCCCCUGUCUUCCCCUAG